AUGCGGGUGGUCUCUAAUCGGGUGCCUCAAAAUCAUCAAGAUAGAGAGGAGGAGAAACUCCGAUCAUUCUGGGAGAAGCAGUUACUUAAUAUUCAAAUUGCUGAAGCAUUUAAGAGCCAGCAAAAGUUGCCGCUAGCUAGAAUCAGAAGGAUGAUGAAAUCAGAGCCCGGAGUUCAGAUGAUCAGUUCUGAAAUCCCCAUGCUGAUGUCAAAAGCAUGUGAGAUUUUCAUUCAGGAGCUCACUUUUCGUGCUUGGAUGCAUGCUGAAAAGAACAACAAGAGUAUUGUGCAGCCUUGUGACGUUGCCAAAGUUAUCAUGCAAACUGAUACCAUGAAUUUCCUCACUGAGAUUAUUCCAAACAACCUCGGCGAUUUCAGUGUUUUUGAUGCCAAGGUAUCUUCAUUCUUUUCUUCUUCUUUCGUUUCCAGUUACACCUUCCACAUUCAUUCAAUGACUUCCUUAAUUUACCAUCUAUGAGAGUGUAUCAAUAUUAAGCUAAAUAAAACUAUCCUUGUGCUAGUUGUCACUCUGUUUGA